AUGUUUUCAAGCUUUCCGGUGAAAUUACUCCUGAAAUGCAGGUGCGUUUGUAAAGCUUGGGACUCUUUAAUCACAGAUCCUUCUUUCAUAGAUAAGCACCUCAAGAAAACUGCUGCAAGAAAAAGUGAACUACUUCUCUUUAGAUAUUACAUCGACGUAGAAGCAUUCAAAGGAAAUGAGCAUUAUUUCCUAUACAAGACUUUCCCUGAAAACCCAGUUGAAGAACUCCAUUGCCCAUUAAAGGGCUUUGCUCGUUUUAUUAAUAUAGUGGGUUCUUGUAAUGGAGUUAUCUGUCUAUCUGAUGAUUUUAAUGGCACGUACACUGAUAGAGCUGCUUUAUGGAACCCUAGUGUCAGAAAGAUUGUUUCUAUUCCUUGUCCUAAUGUUAGUUUUAAGUCUCAUGGACCCUUCUUUCACUCACUUGGGUUUGGUUUUGAUUCCACAACUGAGGACUAUAAGUUGGUGAGAGUAGCGUAUAUAGGAGACGAUGAUUUUGACUUCAUUGAUAUUCCUCCUUUGGUUGAGAUUUACAGUUUGAGAGAGAGGCAUUGGAAAAGAGUUGAUAAUAAUCUGAAUUAUGUGAUCUGUGAGUGUUCAACUUCUGCUUUUGUCAAUGGAGCUUGUCAUUGGGUUGGCUCUACGCCAGAGACUGGGGGUGGUGUAGGCCAAGUGAUUGUGACGUUUUCUUUGGAAGAUGAAUUGUUUAGGGAAAUGGAGAUACCAGAGUGUUUGGUUAAAGAAUAUAGCUUCAUGGAUAUUGCAGCGUUUGAUGGAUCAAUUUUGCUGGUUCCUUUUAUGAAAAAGAAUGGGAAAGAAGAUUGGUUUUCAGUUUGGAUAAUGAGAGAAUAUGGUGUUGCAAGAUCUUGGACCAAACUUUUCAGCUUUUCAAAGGCGGAAAGGGUAGAAAGGUUAGUUGCAUUUAGGCAAAAUGGUGAGGUUCUGUUGGCAAAAACAGGUGGAAAGCUAGUUUCCUAUGAUCCAAACACAAAAAAAAUCACUGCCACAGGAAUUGUGGGCUAUGCAAAGUCCUUUUAUUUGGAUACUUUAGUGGAUAGUCUUGUUUUAAUAGGUGAAUCAAAUGAAUUUACAGAAAUCAUGGAGGAGGAUGCAUCUAGUUGUGGUUCAGUUUCUAGUUGUGGUUCAGUUUCUAGUUGUGGUUCAGUUUCUGGUUCAGUUUCUAGUUCAUUGAUGGUAAUUGAUAAAUCAAGUGAAGAAUCAACUGAAGAAGAAUAG